AUGUUCUUAAUGAGACUCAAUGAGUCUUUCAAUCAGGUUCGUGGCCAAAUUCUUCUUAUGGAUCCCCUACCUUCUAUUAAUGUUGUGUUGUCUAUGGUCACUAAAUAUGAGAAACAAAUAAAGAUUACAUCUUCCUUGAAUCCCACUGAAACCCCCUUUGCUUGUGUUUUUCAAGAUAAAAACCCAAAGAUCUUCAAGAAAGAUAAGCCAACGUGUGCUCAUUAUGGUGUUGUUGGUCACCUUAAGGAAAAGUGUUUCAAGCUUCAUGGAUAUCCUCGAGGGUACAAGAAACCUCAAAUAUUCAAGGCAUCAAACCAAAGUAACAAUGGGAAUGAUCAUGGUAGUGCAGACACCGAGACCCUUUUUGAUACGACACAAAUAACUCCACAAAGUUACCAGCAGCUCAUCAAUUUCUUGAAAGCACAAAUGACCAAAGUUGGAGCUUCUGAAGCAAAUGCAUGGGUUAAUCCAGUCAUAGGUAUGAUAUUUUCCACUAUUGACUCUAAUAAAUAA